AUGUCAAGAGCUUUUGAUUUGAUUAAUCGUCAUAAAUUAGUGGAAUUCCUUGCAGGAUUCCUUGAUGAAUCUUCUAUCCGGAUGAUCAGGGCACUAUUAUCAGAAACCUAUCUAUCGGUCAGAGUACGAUAUAAGUGUUCUAAACCAUUUGAAUCAACAUCUGGAACACCUCAAGGGGAUCUACUAUCUCCGAUACUGUUUGUCAUAUAUCUGGAAGCUGCAUUGAGAGAACUAAAACCAUACUAUAAAGGAAAUAUCAAUGUGGUGGCAUACGCGGAUGACGUGGAUUUUAUUUCUUCCGACAGGGACGCUCUGGAAAGCCUACUGGAGGUGAUGCCAAAUAGACUUGCUGAGUGGUUCCUCAAUGUAAAUGUUGAGAAAACAGAAUUUACUGAACUACCAAAACAGAAGUUUAAGCUGGACGAACAUUGGAGAAAAGUAAAGAAACUCAGAUCUCUAUUGGGAGACGAACAAGACGUGACUAUGCGAAAAACACAUGCAAACAGUGCACUACGCAGCUUAAAGGAAAAUUGGCUAAAACGCAAAGGACUCAGCACAAAAACACGGAUACGACUACACAAUUCACUAGUGAAGCCAAUACUCUUAUAUAACGCCGGAACUUGGGGACUUUCCGCUACAGACAAUGACAAUUUAGACUUUUUUCACAGAGAUCACCUCCGACGUACUCUAGCCUCCAAGUGGAUUCAAGGCUGA